UUUAUAAAAUGCUGCUUUUAUCAACCCAUUUUUUAACCAUUAAAUUCUCUUCAAUCUCUUCUAUUCUUUUUAUUUUUUCUUUCUCUUCUCUUUGUUGUGUGUUCCUUUUCCCCGGAAAUUUGGGUAACCGCCAAAUAUCACAAACCUUCAAUCUUCAUGGCUUCGUAUGAACAAGAAGGAAGGCCACUACCCAAGUUCGGGGAAUGGGACGUGAAUGAUCCUGCCUCAGCUGAAGGUUUCACUGUUAUAUUCAACAAGGCCAGAGAUGAGAAAAAAACUGGCGGAGGAGGAGGAUCAGUGCGCAUUACAUCACAGAGAAGAAAUAAUUCGCGCAAGGAAGAUGAUAAAUCCGUCAAGAAAAAGUGGUUUUGCUUUGGACCCUAGACAAGGAUAAGGAUGCGUGUUUUCUCGCUGCUUGGGACGUAUGUCAUGAUUCUCUUCAGUUUUCUUCUGAGGCCACAUGUCUUCAGACAACGGAUUAGAGAUUCAAAAAAAUAGUUACAACCUGAUACAUCUUUGUAGCUUCUAGUUGUUCACGUGUUUUCCCUUUGCCACCUGAUACAUUUCAUGGAUCUACCUACUUGUGGCAAAAAGUAAUAUACUAAUAUGUACAUAGGAGAAUCAGUAACUACCUUUUGCAAUUACAGAAAGCAGAUAUGUUUGUUCUUGUAACUUUCAUUAUGUUGAUGACUAUCAACUACUCAACUUUUGUCUAUCGGUUUUUCAGCUUAUGCCAUCUUUCUAGAGUUUUUUUUUCUAUAUUU